AUGCCCUCUCUCCUCCGUCCCGUCCGAACCCCCAACAGGGUCACCUUUACAUGCCCGUCCCACCAAGUCGUCCUCAGAUUGGCCAGAUUCAUGAGGGCCAAGUGUGCCCGAAUUGUCUACCGAACCGCACAUACCCUGUUUCGCCGUCUGGACGGCCACACAAGCGCUCACCGCGCCGAUAAGAACAACAGCAACCGGACUCAUGAAGCGGAGUCGGACGGAAACGUUAGCAUCAUCCCUUCGAACUCGACCGAGCUUGGACAAACCAGUUCGGAGGAGACGACGAGUGAAGAUGAGUCUGACUGUACCGAAUCGGAGGGAGGCGAAGGGGUGAGCAAUGAGGCGGCUGAGACGGGGACGGAGGUGGAGGUAGAGGGGGAGGUGGAGGUGGAGGUGGAGACAGAGGCGGAAGGGAGGUACCGAUGUUGCCUCUUCUGCGCCUGCUUCAACGCCUGCAUGCCUCGUCGUGUACCGGAGCGUCUGUUGUCUGUGUCCGAUGCUGUCUACUCGACCUGCCAACACAGUCAGGCCGGCUGUCCGGAGGUGUGUCCGACGUGUGUCCCGAGGGUUGGUGACGAGGAGUGGCGCAGGCCGAGGGAGAUGGCGCCUCAGUUCGCCUGUUGCCGAUGCUGUGGCCAGCCGGACGGUAUCGUCUGUUUGCGCUACCUCGACAUGGUCUGCUGUCUUUGUUGUCCCCUCUGGGACGUCAUCAAGGGCUGCGACUACGGCUACCGACGGUUUAGGGUGCAAAUGGUACUGGACAGGCAUAACGACGCUCAGAAACGGGAGUACGGCGGUUGUGUAUAG